GGCUGUCCCGGUGGUCCCGGCGGUCCCGGUGGUCCCGCCGCGGGCAGCAGUGGCCGCAUCCCGGCUCCAAACCUGCCCAUCCUGCCCCGCCGCGGGCCGCGAGGAACCGCCCGUCCCGCCCGGCGGCAGGCCCCGGUGCAGCCGCGCCGUCCCGGGGAGCCCCCUCCCAGGAGCGGCUCUGAGCAUCCCCCCGAGCCCGACCCCGCACCCCGGGCCGGUCCCGAGCCCCGGCGGCUUCGCAGGGUCCCCGCGGGGCUCAGCCCACCGGGCCGGGCCGCAGCGCCGCCGCCGCCGCCGCGCUUCCGGGGCGGGCGAGGGGCUUCCUGCGGGGCGGCCGCGGUCCCGGGACUGCUCCCGGUGCUGCUCCCGGGCCUCCUCCCGGCCCGGCCCGACUCGCCGCCGGGAUGAUCAACGCCAUCCUGGUGUUCAACAACCACGGGAAGCCGCGGCUCGUCCGCUUCUACCAACACCUGGCGGAGGAGGCCCAGCAGCAGAUCAUCCGCGACACCUUCCACCUGGUGCUGAAGCGGGAUGACCACAUCUGCAACUUCCUCGAGUGCGGCAGCCUGUUCGGCGGCUCGGACUACAAACUGAUCUACCGGCACUAUGCCACGCUGUACUUUGUUUUCUGCGUGGACUCCUCGGAGAGCGAGCUGGGCAUCCUGGACCUCAUCCAGGUGUUUGUGGAGACACUGGACAAAUGCUUUGAGAACGUCUGUGAGCUGGACCUCAUCUUCCACAUGGACAAGGUUCACCACAUCCUGCAGGAGAUGGUGAUCGGUGGGAUGGUGCUGGAGACCAACAUGAAUGAGAUCGUGGCACAGGUGGAGGCCCAGGGCAAGCUGGAGAAGGCGGAGGGAGGCCUCUCGGCCGCUCCUUCCCGCGCUGUGUCAGCCGUGAAGAACAUCAACCUGCCCGAGAUCCCCCGCAACAUCAACAUCGGGGACAUCAACAUCAAAGUGCCCAACCUGUCCCAGUUCAUGUGAGCGGCCCAUGGCAGGGGCCAAGCAGAGCUGGGGUCCCCGGCUCCUCUCAAGGACUGCCUGUGUGGUACCCAGGGGCCAGUGUUGCCAGGAUGCCUGGGCUGACCGAGGGCAGGGAGCAGUGGCAGGGCUCAGAGAAUGGGAUGGAGGGUGUCUCACCCUGGACCUGGGCUCAGUUCUGCUCUCUGGUCCCUCAAGAAGGCGAGUGCCCUUCCUUCCCCUCCCUCCCCAUGGAAGUGCAACCUCUCCUCGAUGUGGGGAAGAGCCGGUUCCUGCCUCUCCCAGGAUUCUUGGGAUUCCCAGUGGUAAAUGCAUGCCUGUAGUGACAGCUUCAUCAGGAGCUGCAGGUUGUCUCCUCCAUCCUCCUGGCCAUGGCUGUCCCCUGCCCUGGUCCUGCUCACUGGGGUGGACCCCAGCUGGGUGGGGGUCACUCCUGGGAGCUGCUGCAAACCCUGGGCACAGUGCGGGGGGGACCUGCGGGAGUGGGGACAUGGCAGCGAGAGGGAUGGGAGCUGAGUGAGCUGGGGGAUGAGCAGGUGGCAGCUCACAGGGUCAGGCCAGGCUGGGGCUGCUUGAGUGUGUUCCUGUGUCCCAAUAAACUGCCCUUGAACCCG